AUGUUGAAUGCGGUGGCGCUAAAUGCAAUUCUAGAUGUCGAUGAGUUUCUCUUUGUGGGCAUGACGCCUAUUAAAAUCCAGCAUGCCAUCCAGAGCCUGGAGCCCAUGAAGGUGAAAUACAGCCGGCGGCGGAGUGAAUGCGAAUCCAUCGUGCACUUCAUUUCUUUGGUGGCUCUGGUCUCUUGCACUUAUUUGUUCCAGCUUGGGCCCCUCACGGAAGCCAUGCUCAGCUUGAAGAACGAGCUUUGCGGUGGCGACCAAGGCUUCGUGGUGGGCUUCAACCCGGAAACUCAGCUAACUCAUGCUCUGAACACACCGAGCAGUUUGGACAUCGGCAGAAAUCUGACUAUGAGUGAGUUGGCCGUGGAAUCGCACAAAGCCACCUCGCCGGAGACGACACCCGGACAAUUUCCAACCUACCUCCUCUUCUCUACGGACAAGAACACAUUCAGUAAUGACAAUACCCGAAGCAUCGAGCUUGAGAGUGGCAUGAUCCCCUUCUGCAUCGAGACUGAGAUUAUGAACCCAGCUGGUCGAUAUCACAACGACACAGCACUGAUACCCUGGACGUCCAUUCUCAUCAGAAACUCCGCAGCCAGCGUCGGACUCCAUGAUGCGCGAAGUUGCGAGGAGAUGCGUGGCAUGUGUAGCGGCGUGGAGAGCCGUUUGUUGCGCAUGACGUGCGGCGAGACAUGUGGAUGCACAGAUCCGUACAGCAGCCCCUUUUACAAGGUGGCAGCUCAAGGAUGUGCCCCAACAUGCUUACAGCUUGCCCAGGCGAGUUUGAGCGGAGGCUCCUGCGAAGAUGCAGCCACUGACGCAGACUGGCAGGCUUUCUGGACAACCUUUCCUGAAGCGGUAUCGUACUUUUAUGGUACAGAUGUGACGCAAACGGCUCUCUGGCCGAUAGCAAACCAAACAGUCCAGGCACUGCGGCAAGACGGUUGUGCAGCGCUCACACGGUUUCCGACUGACGUGAUGACCAAUGCCGAAUGGUGCUCCGGGAUGCCACAACUCUUUCGCCCUUUGUCUGCCCUCUGUCCUCGAAGUUGUGGCUGUGGGCAACGAGCGGAUCUCACGCAUUGCCCCGCCAGCUGCGCCUCUGGCAACUCCUCGAAUUGA